AUGUCUGCUUGGACGAAGAUCAGAGAUGCUGUCUUGACAUCUAAAUGGAACAAGCCCUUCCCUGUGACCAUGAUUCCCUCGGCAAUUGGACUCUAUAUGGCAGAGAAGCAGAGUGAACGUCAGAGACAGAUCCUUGCCGAGAUCAGAGCACUUGGAGAGGACGACAUGCAAGCAGUCAGAGCGAUUGCGAGCAAGCCGCGAUGA